CGUCGGGUUCAAGUAUUAAAACCUGACGUCUGGUUUUAAGCACUUGGAACAUGAUUCACGUCGGAUCUCGUGUCCUUUCAUACCUGAAUCCGUCACUUGGUGACUAAGUCUGCAGCGCUGUGGUGAUGUUGUCUUUGCUCCGUCCGAGUCGCCGCCUGCUCCUGCAACAUGGUGCACGCUCACUGCAGACUGCGGGCGAGGCUGCUGCCAACGUGUCGUAUACACGCGGGUUGUUUCUGGGUGUGAACAACGCGACGCGCGCCUUCCCGUACCCGAAGCUGUCGGACAGCGAGACGGAGACGCUGCAAAUGCUCGUAGAUCCCGUGAACAAGUUCUUUGGAACUGUGGACUCUCGUGCUAUUGACGAGACGAAGGAGAUCCCUAAGCAGGUCCUCAACGACAUGAAGGAGCUUGGACUCUUUGGUCUCCAGAUCCCUGAGGAGCUCGAAGGCCUUGGACUGUCGAACACAGGCUAUGCGCGUGUGUGCGAGGAGAUCACGGACGGUAGUCUGGCUGUGACGGUUAUGGCGCACCAGUCUAUCGGCCUCAAGGGCAUCCUACUCAACGGCAAUGAGGAGCAGAAGGCCAAGUACCUUCCCAAGCUAGCGACGGGAGAGCACAUCGCGGCUUUUGCACUCACAGAGCCAUCCAGCGGCUCUGACGCUGGGUCCAUUAAGACGCGUGCCAAACUGUCGGAUGACGGCAAGCACUUUAUCCUCAACGGAGGCAAGAUCUGGAUCAGCAACGGCGGGUGGGCAGACGUCAUGACUGUAUUUGCGCAGACAGAGGUAGAUGGCAAGGACAAGGUCACGGCCUUUAUCGUCGAACGUGCCUUCGGAGGUGUGACCAGUGGCCCACCAGAGGAUAAACUCGGUAUUCGUGGCUCCAACACUUGUCAAGUGUUCUUCGACAACUGCAAGGUGCCCAUUGAGAACGUACUGGGCGGUGGUCCAGACAUGAAGACCGGCGGUGCUGCUGGUGUCGGUCAGGGCUUCAAGGUGGCCAUGAACAUCCUGAACAAUGGCCGCUUCGGUCUUGGUGCUUGUGCUGGAGCGUCGCUACGCCGUGUGCUGGGCGCCGCAGCAGAGCACGCCAACUCCCGCAAGCAGUUUGGUGCUCCUCUGGCAAACUUUGGCCUCAUCCAGAAGAAAUUCGGGGUUAUGACUCUGGACGCGUAUGCCAUCGAGUCCAUGGCCUUCAUGACCACGGGUAUGAUUGACCGUGGCGAUCCGUCCUGCGAAAUCGAGGCGGCCAUGUGCAAAGUGUACGGGUCGGAAGUGGCUUUCACGGGUAUCAACGAGUGCAUCCAGGUCAUGGGCGGCACGGGGUUCAUGAAGGAGUGGCCGUUCGAGAGACUUAUGCGUGACUGCCGUAUCCUAUCGAUCUUCGAGGGAACGAACGAGAUUCUCCGCAUGCUGAUCGCUCUCAGUGGAAUUCGGACUGCUGGUGAACGCCUGUCAGCUGUGGGUAAGUUGCUGCAGAACCCGUUAUCCGACCCAUCGAGCGCUGCCAAGGAGAUCUCGGAUCGUCUGCAACGCAAGUUCUCGCCCACUCCACUGGAAGGAGUGCACUCGAGUCUGAGAGGACCCGCCGAGCUGUUGCAGAAGCGCACUGCCGACUUUGGAGACGCUGUGGAGUUCCUACUGCGCAAGCACGGCAAGAAGAUCGUGGACGAGCAGAUGCAACUGGAGCGGAUCGCCGACUCCGCCAUCGCGCUGUUCGCCAUGACAGCCACCAUCUCUCGCGCCACGGCAUCGCUGAACGCAGGAAUUGAGUCUGCCGAGCACGAGAAGAAGCUCACGACGCUGUACUGCGACCUGACGUCCGACAAGAUCCAGUCGCUCCUGAAUGGCAUCAAGACGGCCGUCAAGCACGAUCAACAGCUGCGCGAGAUCGCCAACGAGGUGCUCAAAGCCGAGAAGUAUAUCCCCAGCCACGCUACGGGCAUCGACUGCUAAAGCUGAUGCCUAAGAAAGAUUGAAGUACAUGAUACAAAAAAUUCACGCCAAAAACAAAAACUGAAGCAAAAACUGAUGUGGCACAAGAUGUUGAAGUUUAUAAAUAUCUUGCCUUUAUUAUUACUUCAGAGUGAUGGUCACCAUAACGAGAAACGUUGCCGUU